CGCAGUACACGGCAUCCCUGAACACCUCGCUAUUGUUCCUGUUUUCGCACAUACAGUAAGCUCGGCUGGCCACAGUAUUGAAUCGUUAGUAAUGAACACGUACGUUGAAGGAGGUUUGCACUCAAAACUAGUUCUACCCUGUACAGCAACGUUUAGUCUGCUGGAGUAACAGAGUAAAGUUUGCGUGACGUAGCACGAGAGCAUGGGCACGAGUACCUUUUACCGGCUGCGCGUGCGACGACUGUAGACAGUGAAGGACCGAGCAGCGAUGAAGACGCGGGAGGAGGGAGCACCACCCAACUUCUCUGAGAAACAGAUGAUGCGUUGGAUAUAGCCGGCUGGCGCCCCAUGAGUGAUAUGAGUAAGGCACUGGAAGACAUCCACAGCUCUGACAGCCUCGGCGAGAAAGCGGCCAUCUUUCGCAGCGGGAAGGCGAACACCAGCGGCUUCACCAGCCCUGCCCUCAUCCCCCUGAGAGCCCCCUUCCUAACGCCACAUGCCCCGCACAGCCGGACCACCACGCUCCACAAGGGGGACAGGAGAAGUGGAGAGGGAGACGACACACUGGCGAGCCCCGUGCCAAACCCUUUCCCCGAGCUCUUCAACUCCACCGUCUCCUCGCUGGUGUCCGAGUGCCUGCUCCCCUGGACCAAAAGCAGCUCAACUCAGGUAAUCAAAGUGUACAAUGAGGACAACACCAGCCGAGCCGUGGAGGUGCCCAGUGACAUCACCGCCCGGGACAUCUGCCAGCUGUUUGUUCUGAAGAACCAUUGCAUCGACGACCACAGCUGGACCCUGUUCGAGCAGCUCGCUCACCUGGGCAUCGAGAGAACCAUAGAAGACCAUGAGUCCGUGAUGGAGGUGCAGUCUGCAUGGGGCAUGGACUCGGACAGCCGGCUGUGCUUCAGGAAGAACUAUGCCAAAUAUGAAUUUUUCAAGAAACCUCUGGACUUUUUCCCAGAGCACAUGGUGUCUAUAUCUAGUGAAACCAACGGGAUCAUGAACCACUCCCAGCUCAUACAGACUUUUUUAAACUCAAGCACCUGUCCAGAGAUCCAUGGUUACCUCCAUGCCAAAGAGCAGGGCAGGAAGUCAUGGAAGAAGUUCUACUUUGUGCUCAGGAGGUCCGGCCUCUACUUUUCUAACAAGGGCACUUCGAAGGAACCCAGGCACCUUCAGUUCAUGGCGGAGUUCAGCGACAGCGACGUCUACACCCUGCUGUCUGACCGCAAACUCCACGGAGCGCCCACUGACUACGGCUUCUGUGUGAAGCCCAAUAAGUCAAACUCGCCACGGGACCUGAAGCUGUUAUGUGCGGACGACGAGCAGACCCGGACCUGCUGGGUCACCGCCGUCCGCCUCUUCAAGUAUGGGAUGCAGCUGUACCAAAACUUCCUCCAGCCGCACCAGAAGCAGAAGUCCUCUCCCAUGAGGAGCAUCUCAGAGAACUCUCUGGUGGCCAUGGACUUCUCGGGCCAGACGAGCCGUGUGAUUGAGAACCCGUCCGAGGCGCUGUCUGUGGCCGUGGAGGAGGGCCUGUCCUGGCGGAGGAAAAGUUGCCAUCGGCUCAGUUCUCAUGGGAGCCCAUCAACGUCUCAAGGUCCCAUGGCCAGCAUAGCUCUCCACCUGGCCCAGCCCUGGUUCCACAGCAAGCUGUCUCGAGAGGAGACCCAUCGCCUGAUCUCACAGCAGGGCCUCGUCGAUGGGGUUUUUCUUUUAAGGGACAGCCAAAGCAACCCGAAGACAUUUGUCCUAUCGCUGUGCCACAUGCAGAGAAUCAAACACUUUCAGAUAGUACCUGUGGAGGAUGAAGGCGAGCUGUUCUACAGCCUGGACGAGGGCCACACGCGCUUCGGCGACCUGCUCCAGCUGGUGGAGUUCUACCAGCUCAACCGAGGGGUGCUGCCCUGCAAGCUCAGGCACCACUGUGCCCGCAUCACCCUCUGAUCCCAGCGGCACCCACGCGCCCUGCCGGACCCUCCAUGCGCUCGCGCCCCCUCUCCGCCCGCCCCCCCCCCCCCACCUUAAUGCCACCAGGGGGGAAGGAGGAGAGGAGGGCAGGGCAAGGGGAAGGGUGGGGUUGAGGUGGGGUGGGGCGGGGGGAGAGUGCGUUGGGUUCUCUGGAGGUUCACAGACGCAUCCCGUGCCUUGGACCUGAUGGACAGGAGGCUCGGACAAACCACGAGCAGCCGUGCAGAUGCCAGUGACACAACCACUGAUCGUAAAAGACAUCCGCAGAAAUGAAAAUCGGCCUCCACAAUACGCACAGACACGCACACACACACACACACACACACACACACACACACACACACUCGCACACAGAUGCACAUACAUAUACUUAACCGGCUGUGGCUACAAGCUAUGAGAACAAGUGUGACCUCUCCGUUUUUGAAAAGGGCACAUGAAACAAAAAGCUGUAGUGAGAGAAAAAGAAACAAGUUUUUUUAAGUGGACUGGCUAGUGGGUUCUAAAGUUUUUGCAAUAACGUGAGUGGUGAAUGGACCUAGCGAAGUAUACGAGCUUGGUCUGCGGCAAGUGUUGCCUGCUCAGACACUGAGGGGAGGGGGGGGGGGAGACCAUAGCUGUAGUUGCUAUAUCUAUGGGAAAAGACCAUAUCUGUAGUUGCUAUAUCUAUGGAACAAGACCAUGGCUGUAGUUGCUAUAUCUAUGGAAAAAGACCAUAGCAGUAGUUGCUAUAUCUAUGGAAAAAGACCAUGGCUGUAGUUCCUAUAUCUAUGGAAAAAGACCAUAGCUGUAGUUGCUAUAUCUAUGGAAAAAGACAAGCUUGAAGGAUGUGAGAGUAGGUGGGGGGGGGGACACAGCCCAUGUGGUGCAGUUGAUGAUGUACUGUAUAUAAAUAUGGAGUCAAAACAGCCUGAGUAGUAUGUGGACGUAAAUGCUAAAUGCUCUCUGUUUGUGAAUGAGCCUCUCCUGCUCUAUGCUAGCGAACUAUCAGUCCGAUUCUGAUCAUUGACAGCAGUGGCCACGAAGCCAUGUGAACAUUGUGAGAGAAUUUAAGAAAAAAGCUAUAUGGUAUAGCCAUAAUCAUUGUGCACAAUAGAGGAAAAAAACAAGCUUUUUUGUUUUUGUCAGGGGAAUAUCACAAAAUCAGGUUGGAGAGGAUUUAGGAGGUUUGAAGUGUACAGCGGUACAAGCCACAGUCCUUUCCCAAUCUCGUGGGUAAAAAAAGCCUCUCUCUCCCUCUUCUCUCUCUCUCUCUCUCUCUCCCUCUCUCAUUUUAAUCACGUGACAAGAUAUUCAGGUAUUUUAUAAAUAUGUGAUAUGUUUUUUUGUUUGUUUGUUGUUUUUGUUUUUGCCUAUUGUUUGAGAUGUGUGGUUACCAGGUGAGAAUGCAUUUCUGUGCAUGCUGUAUAAGCUGGAAUUUGACUGUUGUAGUGGCCUAAAACACCAGCUGAGAAACAAUGCACAUACUGGAUGGUACUCUGCUGUACGCCAAUCUGGAAUGUAUCCAUUGCAUUAUACGUCUAGACUGACACUGCACCCUUGAAUAAUGUUAAAGUAGCAUAAUGUGGUUUACAUUUUAGAGAUUUCAACCUCAAGGCAUAAGAAGACGUGUGAUACCAUCCAUUGAUUAUCGGUUGCUAUGCCAGAAUUGUUGUACAUUGAAAUUGGUGUUCUUUGUUUUGUUUUGUUUUUAGGUUGUAUAAUGCAGAUUGACAAUGUACUUCAACUGAUUCUUUUGGUAUAAAAUGGAUGGUGAGGUCAUGAUCAUAGAUUUACAUGAUAAGAACAAUGAUAUGUGGUUUCUUCAGGUUAUGACCUGUAAUAUAGCAGAAAUUUAUUUUAAAAAGGAAAAAAAGAGAUAUGACACAGGGAUUCUCAUUCAACUAUGAUGGAUGUGUUUUACUGUAAAAAAAGAUGACACAAAGAGAACUCACAUGACUAUUUGACCAAUGUACUUUUAACAGUAAGAUAAAGAAACAUGAAACAAAAAUAAAUGCAUUUUCAGCAAACUGGCAGGUGUAUGUAACAUAAAAAUCAGACAACAGUGCUUUCAAAAUGUCAAGAAGAAUAUUAUGGACUGCAUUAUCAAUCAUUGCUAAGUUGCACUGUUUGAGUCCAGUUUUAUAAUUCAUACAUGUUUAGUAACCUCUUAAGUUGCUCAGUGAACUCAAAUUUAUAUAAAGACAUGUUUUACAUAUUUUGGAAAUAGUCACAUUGAAAUGGUAUUAGUAGACAAUGUUAAUUGCACUGUAGUUUAAACACUGGUAACAGUUCCUAUUACGUCAUAAUGACUGUUAACGACUUUUCAUGGCAUUGUCUGGAAAAUCCAUUUCUUUCCUUUGCCUCUGCUCUUACCUACCCUGGUCUUUGUCCAUGGACAAAACUAGUGCAGUGUAUGUGAAAUGACCAUGUAUAUAUAAUUUAUGUCUUAUGAAGUCA